AUAUCAAGUGGGUCGUUCAGCAGAAGGCAAAUCUGGCCCACAUUCUGGAAACAAACAUAGCCUGAGCUUGUCAGCGCAGAUAACAGAGAAGAAGGCAUUUCUUAGGCUAAACGCCUCAUACGUACUACUAACGCCUAGUCAGCAAGCGCAAUAAACCGCCAAAGCUUCCCUCGCUGUUCAACGGGUGAAUCACAUAUUAAAAACGGAAUUAAAAGCUCACCACGUUUCGUCUCGUUUCGUUUCAAAAAUCGAAACGGAAGCCAACGACGUCGUUCGUUUCCAGUGCGUGACUUCCAGACUUACGGAGAUCGUCGUUCGUCACUCAAAGCUCUCGUCCUUCUUCCCCUGUGCCUUUCUUUUGGGGGAAAUUUAGGGGUUAGGGUUUUUAUGCGGCUGAAAUACAAUUCAAUUGAAUUCGAUCCCAAUUGAUAAUAUUUAUUUUACAAUUGAAAUGUAAAAUUAAUUGCAGAACUGGAUUUGGGCUUAGGAAUAAUAAGUCGCAUUGUUAAUCAACUAGCGGGAUUUCUGCAACGGACCUCAUGUAUAUUGUUUGACCAAUACAAUAAUGCUUCCUUGAAACUUUUCUGCACAUGUUUAUGCUUGCGGUUUAUAUAUCAAUUGGUGUUUUGACGGUUCCCCCGGCCAUAUUACCCUCAUAAGAUAUCAAUUUUGAAUACUGGGUAAUCAGCUGUAACUUUGUAGCAGUAGUAGUUCGAGAUGUCCUCACAUUCAAAUGUGAAAUUGACCAAAGUUGGGCAUCUAGGUUACCAGAAUGUUUGUCCCUCUGAGACAAACUUGUCUGAGUACCAUGAGGGUCCUUCAAAACCUGAAGAAGAAGAUGAGGAGGAGGAGGAUGUAGAUUUUAAUCCUUUUCUGAAGGAGACCCUGUCACCCGAAGCUUCAUCAAGUUUGAGCUCCGAGGUAGAAGGUUUAGAUGGAGAUGCUGUUGAUAGUGGUGUUGUAGCUGUUAGUUCAUCAAAAGUUACAAGUGAGAUCCCAAAUUCUGAGCAAUAUUUUGAGCAUGGGGAAGAAGUAGUGAUGCAGACUACAGUUUCUUCUGAAGGUAUAUGCGGAAAGGAAUUUCAAACUAUAAAUGAGGGAAACUUCACCAAGAAAACAACCACCUUGCUCUCUCAACCAGGAAGUGAAACUAUUCAAGAACAGCAUAACAACUUAGGCAAUGGAACUGAUGUUAAUGAUGUUAUGGAAGGAGAGUUGGUUAACAAUACAGAUUCACAGAAACCUGUGAUUGAUUUGGAUACUGAGGAUGCUAUUUGUACUCGCACUCGUGCCCGUUAUUCAUUAAGAAGUUUCUCACUUGAUGAACUUGAGACUUUUCUUCAAGAAACAGAUGAUGAAGAUGACCUUCAAAAUGUUGAUGAUGAAGAAGAGUACAGGAAGUUUCUUGCUGCUGUUUUACAAGGUGGAGAGGGGGAUGGCCAUUUGACUCAAGAAAAUGAAAUUGUCGAUGAGGAUGAGGAUAAUGAUGCCGAUUUUGAGAUCGAACUUGAAGAGGCACUGGAGAGUGACCUUGAUGAAAAUACAAAGGAGAAAACUGAAGGGGACUAUGAGAAAGGAGGACGACGACCAGAGACUAGGCAGAAUAGGCGCCAAAAAACUAAUGCACAGUGCAAGAAAAAGCUUGCAACACAGACAAAGAGACCAUUGCGUCCCCUUUUGCCAAAUGUGCCAGUUUCAUCGUUCUCCACUCGGGAUAGGAAUAUGCCAGAGUCAGCUUCAAGCUGUCUAUCUUUUCCAAUACAAGAUGGUUAUGCGAAUGGAUUCACUCCGCGCCAAAUAGGCCAGCUUCAUUGUUUGAUCCAUGAGCAUGUACAGCUACUUAUUCAAAUAUUUUCUCUGUGUGUUCUUGAUUCUUCUCGGCAGCACAUUGCAUCCCAAGUUCAGAAAAUGAUUGUUGAGAUGCUUCACAAGCGCAAUGAAGUGUUAGCAUGGAAAACUGUAUCAUAUCCUACUACUUGUUUUUCUCCUCCGUACCUCUGUUCCUCAGUGCCAUAUGAUGUUCCUAAAUUUUUGUCAGGCACUUUAGAAUCUUUUCCUAGUGACACUGCAGAUGAAGUGCCUUCUCCAAAUAAUCAGACAACUGCUUCUCAAGAUAUCAACCUUUCAAGAGGAAGGUUUGAAUGUGCUUCUAAUGGUCAGGCUGGUAGUUCUCAAAACUUGGAAGGCCUCUUUUGGGUGCCCUAUAUAAGUGGUCCAGUAACAUCCAUCCUGGAUGUAGCUCCGCUUAGUAUUGUUGGAAAGUUUAUGAAUGAUGUAGAAACAGCUGUCCAUGAAAAUCGACGGCGACAAGUGGAAACUAGUUGUGAUAGUCGUUCUGAGAGGGAAGCUCUAUUUUCCCUUCCUGGUUUCCCAUUAGAAGAUCAAGCUAAUUCUGAAUUAUUGAGUAGAACCAGCACCCCGUGUAUCAACGCAGUGUCAUCUUCUCCCAGUCAACAACCACGCAAGAAGACUCUGGCUGCGUCUCUUGUUGAAAGUACCAAGAAGCAGUCAGUUGCUUUAGUUCCUAAAGACAUUGCAAAGUUAUCUGAGAGAUUUUUACCUUUGUUUAAUCCGACAUUAUUUCCGCAUAAACCACCUCCUGCAGCCGUAUCAAAUCGGGUGCUUUUCACCGAUUCAGAGGAUGAAUUGUUAGCACUUGGAAUGAUGGACCAUAAUACAGAUUGGAAAGCAAUUCAACAACGAUUGCUUCCUUGCAAAACUAAGCAUCAGAUUUUUGUCAGGCAGAAAAAUCGUUGCUCAUCCAAAGCACCAGACAAUCCCAUAAAGGCAGUUAGAAGGAUGAAAACCUCUCCACUCACAGCAGAAGAGGUAGCUUGUAUUCAGGAGGGACUUAAGGUAUACAAGUAUGACUGGAUGUCUGUAUGGCAAUUCAUUGUCCCACAUAGAGAUCCAUCCUUAUUGCCUCGACAGUGGCGCGUGGCUCUUGGAACUCAGAAAUCAUAUAAGCUUGAUGCAGAAAAAAAGGAGAAACGAAGACUAUAUGAAUUCAAUAAAAGAAAGUGCAAAUCUGCAGCAUCAGCAAUAACAAUUUGGCAAAAUAAAGAGGAUUCUCAGGUUGAAAAUUCUGGUGGAGACAAUAACAACACAGAUGGUUGUGUAGAUAAUGGGGGCAAAACUUAUGUUCAUGAGGCCUUUUUGGCAGACUGGAGACCAAGUGAUUACGGUGGACAAUCUUGCUCAGAUAUUGCAAGAAAUCCUCAUAGUGGCAUGCAAUCACAGGAGGCUGUUCAGGAACAGCUACAUAAUCAUUGUGGGGCGGCUCCUCAACCUCUGGCAGGUAACAUGCAGCUCAUUCCAUCUAUGUAUCAGCAUCCCUCAUUUCAUUUUGCUGAUGUUAGACAUUCAGAAGCCAGUACCACUGAGGCAAACAGUUCAGCUUCUAAUAUGACUUUAAACACAUUGAAAUCUCAAUCCUAUUUUCGGCCAUAUCGAGCUCGAAGAUCUAAUGGUACACACUUGGUCAAAUUAGCACCAGACUUGCCCCCGGUUAAUCUUCCACCAUCUGUUCGCGUUGUGUCUCAAUCAUCCUUUAGAGGUUCUCUGCAUGGUUCAUCUUUAUCGGUUUCUGCUGCUGGGAGUGGUACAUGUGACGUUGAAAGAGAUAAUUUGGUGUCUCAACUUCCAAAUGCUAGAAGGUUGGGGAUCCUUAAUCUCCCAAAGGUUGGAGGGAAUAAAAUUAAUGCUCCGAGUGAUCAUCAUACAAGUUUGCAGACAGACGAAGCCAGAAUAAAUAAGGAUAAAUGUGUAGAUUAUGAAAGAAGUACUGAUUCUGAUCUGCAGAUGCAUCCUUUACUAUUCCAGGCCCAAGAGAAUGGACAUCUACCCUAUUACCCAUUGAAUUGCAGCACUGGUAAUUCAAGUUCUUUCAGUUUCUUUCCAGGGAAUCAGCCACAACUAAAUCUAAGUCUUUUACAUAAUCCUCACCAAGAAAAUCAUGUUGGUAGUUUUACUAGAUUAUUGAAAUCUAAGGAAUCCACCUCUUCAGUACGGAACAUUGAUUUCCAUCCUCUUUUGCAAAGAACUGAUUAUCUUCAUAGCGACUUAAUUAGUUCAGGAGGAAAAUAUAUGCAACUUCAGCAUCCUCUUGAUGCUGUUCAAAUUGAGUCUGUGAAUAUCGAUGCACUUGCAACAGGCAGAUCACUUGAGAAAGCCAAUGAGCUUGACUUGGAGAUUCACCUAAGCUCCACAUCUAGAAAGGAGGGCUCGUGGGGUAGAGGUGCAACGACACAUAAUCUAGCCAAAUCAACUACUAACGCACAAGAUUCUAGAUUUACAAUGAAAAAUCAAAAUAGCAACAAAUCAUUAUAUCAGCAUACUGAAAAUUCUUCCUCACAUAGUAGCCAGCCUGUUGUAUGCUCAUCUGAUGUACCAAGUAAUACCAUCGAAGAAUAUGUGGAUGACAUGGGUGACCAGUCGCAUCCGGAGAUUGUGAUGGAACAGGAGGAGUUGAGUGACUCUGAUGAAGAAUAUGAUGAGAAUGUUGAAUUUGAGUGUGAGGAGAUGACCGACUCUGAAGGAGAUGAGGGAUUAGGCUGUGAAGAAACUACUGAAAUACAGAAUGAGGAGGGACCUGGUCUUGCUACAGAAAAUGCUACCACAGCAAAUUUUGAUGAAAGGAAUUGUGAACCCAUAUCCAACUUUCAUUCCCAAAGCAAUCUUCAAAUUCCAGGAAAGAACAUUCCCUCAUUAGAGUUAGGUUUGACAAGUGAGGGGAAUGAUGAUAAUAGUAGGUCCUCGUGGUUAAGUUUAGAUCCAGGUGCGCCACAUUGUCCAGGAGACGAAAUUGAGAACAGGCAUGAAAGUACUGAAAUCAGGGGAAGUCCUGCUACCAAAAGUGUGGCUUCAUCUCGUCCCAGCAGAUCUUGCAGGAAGAGGAAUCCAAGCUUGAAAGAAGAUAUGGAGCACAGAUCAAAUAUCGACGGGAAGCAACAACUGAGUUUAGCCUCUCUUCGAAUUCCCAUAUUGAGGAAACCUGGGAAACGUGCACGCAGAACUAACUCAAGUUUGAACAUAGAAUUGAAUGUACAAAACACUAACUGUGAUGGUGAAGAUAAAGUUUCAUAGUUUCUGAUUUGUCUAUACCACCAUGUUCUUUGGUCAAGAAAGAAAAAAGUAGAGAAAAAAAAAGAAAGGUAUUUUUUGUUA